GUGAUCGCGCAAAUUGCCGUCAAUGCAAACGACGCUAUCAAAUGUUUGAAAGACGAGAACAGCGUUAUCGUCACGGGACCCCCUUAUCCACAGACAACGGAAUCCAAGAAGAAGGUUGCGGUUAAGAGAGCCCUGAACAGAUUAGGGCGAGUGGUUAAUGACUUGUCCACCAUCGAGUUUUAUACCUCAGAUUUACAGGAAGAACAACACAACGUGCGAAGGAAGCUCGAAGCAUCUGAGACGGCCUAUAGAGAGUUGGAAGAGACUGCGAGCAAUAUGCGAGAGGAAUUGGAAACUUGUCGUGCUAAGAUAAAGGAAUCAAUUACUCGUUUAGUCCAGGAGGAAGAGCGAGUGAAAACUCUGUCCCGGGAACUUGAAACAGCUAGAUUAUCUGCCGAGCUUGCUACCAAAGACAGGAUGUUAUUACAGGAGCGCAUGCGAUCCAGGGAUGGUGACAGAGGGACAAAAGCUCUCUCGGAGGAAAUGCUCCAACUAGCUGCCAAGGAGGAGAGCUUAAGAGCAGAAAAUGAAAGGCUGAAGAAGGAGAACAUGACAGCUAUUAAAGAGAAGGAGACACGAACAAACAGUCUUAAAAUUGCUACAAUUGCAGUUGCGAACGUUGAGCGCUACAAAGAGGUUAUAGCGAAAGUGACGGCGGACAACAUGGUAUUUUUGAUGAAGUUAAAGCAGAGUGAGGCGGCCCUGAAUGCAGCACAAUCAAGACUACAAGAGCUUCAAAAGGAAGUAAAUAUGAGCAGGGGACAAUGGCUUGAGGAGGCAUCUGCAGAGGUGCAGGAGAUUAUCUUGGAUAGCUUGAUGAAGGCUGAAGCAUGUGAGUCGAAGCUACGAGAACUUGAAUUACAGAGAGGAAACAAUGUACAAGAAUGGGAAGAGAAGUUAAUAACAGCACAUGAGAAACUGUCUCAAGUCAUCACCAGCCGAGACUGGCACGAACGAAGUUUUGUUGAAGUUUCAGAGAAGUAUAAGAUCUUAGAGGAUGAGAAAUUCAAGUUGCAACAAAAAUUUGAAAAUGAGUGUCGUCAUCGUCAACAUGCUGAAGCAGAGUCAAGAGGUUUAAUGUGCACACUUCGAGAAACGAAUGAUCAGCUUGCGAGCGUGGGCUCCGAGUUAGCAGCAGCUCUCAAAGAUAUUGAGAUUCAGAAGCAACAUGUAUUUGAUAAAGAUCAAGAGAUAAUUAAAUUGCUGACACAACUUGAGAAGGCAAAUACUCAACUGGAGACCCAGCUCAAAGUAAAUGGAGCGCUAAUGAAGAAAAAAGAAGCCGUGGAGUGGGAGUUGAUGGAAGCCCAAGCCCAAAGGGUCAAAUGGCAGGAGGGUUUUCAAUAGAGCUUAUUCAACCAUGAUGAUGUGAUGAGAUCAUCAAAGUAAAAUACGUCAUGGAAAUCAGGUCUUGCACUCAAUUGUAACUUUCAAUUACACUAAUUCCAUGGACUUUAUGCAGAUCCAUUGAAUAAUCAUACUUGAUCUC